UCAUUGUCUUAUUCCUCAACAAAAAUUUCUCUCUCUAACUAUAAAUUCAUACACCGCAAAUUUAUUUAACCUAAUUUCCAACAAUGUCCGCUUCUUCUGUUGCUCAAAUUAAUCUCGACGCCGUCUCUUUCACGCCGGCGAUCAAACCUCCCGCCUCUGAUAAAACUCUCUUCCUUGCCGGUGCAGGAGAUAGAUGCUUGGAGAUCAAUGGUAAAUUGAUUAAAUUUACGUCGAUCGGAGUUUAUGUAGAAGAGGAUGCUCUGCCGUUACUGGCCGUUAAAUGGAAGGGGAAAAAUUCUGAGGAGCUGAUGGAUUCUGUUGAGUUUUUUAGAGAGAUUGUUACAGGUCCAUUUGUGAAGUUCAUUAAAGUAACCAUGAUUUUACCAUUAACUGGUCAACAAUAUUCAGAGAAAGUUAGUGAGAAUUGCGUUGCAAUUUGGAAAUCUCUUGGAAUUUACAGUGAUGCAGAAGCUAAAGCCAUUGAUAAGUUUUUGCAAGUCUUCAAAGAUAAAAACUUUCCUCCUGGCUCCUCUAUUCUUUUUACACAACUACCUAAUGGAUCAAUUGCGAUAAGCUUUUCGAAGGAUGGGUCAAUGGUAGAAGUUGAGAAUGUGGUGAUAGAGAACAAACUACUUUCAGAGGCAAUCUUGGAGUCGAUUAUUGGUCAGCAUGGUGUUUCUCCUCAAACAAGAAAGAGUGUGGCUGCAAGAUUAUCAAAGCUCUUUUAAGAAAAUUAGCAAUUUAAAGGAUAGCUAAAUAAGGUGUAAAGGGGUUUAUUAAUUAUUAUGAUCAUUCAAAUAAAGUUUGUGCGUAAGAUUUUUGUUUA